AUGCUGCUGGGCCUACGCCGGGUACCGGGCCCAUGGCGGCUGCUGCGCGGCGUGGCGCCCGCCCGCCCCUACCGCGGCGAGGCAGUGGCAGCGGUGGGUUCGCCACCCGACGCGGGCUCGGCGCUCUACCAGGAAAACUAUGAACGAAUGAAAGCUCUGGUAACUGAACUCCAAAAGCAAGCAGAAAAAAUCAGAUUGGGAGGUGGAGAAAAAGCUCGUAAGCUUCAUACAGCCAGGGGAAAGAUGUUACCCAGAGAGAGGAUUGACAGACUCAUUGAUCCUGGGUCUCCGUUCCUGGAGUUCUCCCAGUUUGCAGGUUACCAGUUGUAUGGUAAUGAAGAGGUACCAGCAGGAGGCAUUAUCACAGGCAUUGGACGAGUGUCUGGGGUGGAAUGCUUGAUUGUUGCCAACGACGCCACCGUCAAGGGUGGUACCUAUUAUCCCAUCACUGUUAAGAAACAUUUGAGGGCUCAAGAAAUUGCAAUGGAGAACCAUCUCCCUUGCCUAUAUUUGGUUGAUUCAGGAGGAGCAAAUUUACCUCGACAAGCAGAAGUGUUUCCAGACAGAGAUCAUUUUGGUCGUAUUUUCUACAACCAAGCAGUCAUGUCCUCACAAGGAAUUCCACAGAUAGCAGUAGUGAUGGGAUCCUGUACAGCAGGAGGAGCAUAUGUACCUGCAAUGGCUGAUGAAAGCAUUAUUGUUGGCAAACAGGGAACAAUAUUCUUGGGAGGACCACCACUGGUUAAAGCAGCAACAGGUGAAGAGGUAUCUGCAGAGGAUCUGGGAGGAGCAGAUCUUCACUGCAGAAAAUCUGGCGUGACAGAUCAUUAUGCUUUGGAUGACAACCAUGCACUUCACCUAGCCAGGAAGGUUGUGAGAAGCUUAAACCUCCAGAAGAAAGUGGAUGUGUCUAUAGAACCAUCAGAAGAGCCUUUAUUUCCUGCUGAUGAAAUAUAUGGAAUAGUUGGGGACCAGCUUAAAAGGAACUUUGAUGUCAAAGAGGUCAUUGCCAGAAUUGUAGAUGGAAGUAAAUUUGAUGAAUUCAAAGCCAUGUAUGGGGAUACUUUAGUUACAGGAUUUGCAAGAAUAUUUGGUUAUCCAGUCGGAAUUAUUGGAAAUAAUGGAGUUCUUUUCUCAGAGUCGGCAAAAAAGGGUGCACAUUUUAUCCAGUUGUGUUGCCAGAGAAAUACUCCCAUUGUGUUUUUGCAGAAUAUUACAGGUUUCAUGGUUGGUAGAGAAUAUGAAGCUGGAGGGAUAGCAAAAGAUGGUGCUAAGAUGGUUACUGCUGUAGCUUGUGCCAAUGUACCUAAAAUAACAGUAAUUAUUGGUGGUUCUUACGGAGCUGGAAACUAUGGGAUGUGUGGAAGAGCAUAUAGUCCAAGAUUUCUUUAUAUGUGGCCAAAUGCUCGCAUAUCAGUGAUGGGAGGGGAACAAGCUGCAACUGUUCUGGCUACAAUAGCUAAGGACCAAAAAGCAAGGGAGGGAAAAAAGUUAUCUGAGGCAGAUGAAGCAGCUUUGAAGGAGCCAAUCAUUAAGAGGUUUGAGGAGGAAGGAAACCCUUAUUAUUCCAGUGCAAGAUUAUGGGAUGAUGGAAUUAUUGAUCCAGCUGACACGAGACUGGUUUUGGGCCUCAGCCUCAGUGCAGCAUUAAAUGCACCAACAAAGAAGACAGAAUUUGGGGUUUUCAGGAUGUAAACUUUAAACACAUGCUCACCAGAAUUGCCUUUGUAUAUUUUGAUUGGGGCUGGAAGCAAACCAGCUAAACCUCUGAAGAUCAUCUAGUUGGACAGGAUGAUCUUUAGAGGUUGCUUCCAACCCUUAAGCCUUCUGUGAUUUGUAAGUCAAGAAAUAAAAGAUUCAUACAAUGCCAUUUUUGAAUGGAAAUGCCAUUAUU